UUGCAUAACAAUACGCAAGGAAAAAUAGCGGUAUCGUUAUCGUGUGCCCACGCUCAGUCAGAUAUUGACGUGCCUGUCCCAACGGUCGUGUGCGCGGAUUGCCCCGACUCCGCUUCCCGCGUUUUAUAGUUGGAAAAAGUGUUCAUCUACCCGGGAUAUACUCUCCAUUUCAUCCGGCAAAUGCUCAGAGCGGCGAUCGAAUGGAUAAAUAAUUGAGGGAUAUAGAGUAUGCCCCGCCUACGUAACAGUUGCAAUUCGAGUGAAAAACACUGUUCAUAGCAUCGGUUCAGGAUUCCAGACCCACAAAUCCGUAGCCCUUAAAGUUUUGGUAGGCGUAUUCGCUUCCAGAAUUGUCUGCGCGUCCCAUGGCAGAACUCGGGCCGCUGCUGCUGGCUAGCUAGAGAACCGGAAACGGAAACGGACACGCAAUCGGAACCGGAACUCGAACUGGAACUGAAACUGGACCCGAAACCGAAACCAAAACCGUUACCGCUACCGAUUUUGCAAAGGAUCGACGCUAUUAGCAAGGCAUGGACACCGCUGCCGCCGCCGCCGCUGCAGUCGCCGUUGACCUGAAACCCGAUCACCAGCUCCUCGGCAGUUCCACAAAGUCCAGGAUUGUUGGAGGAGGAAGAGGAGCUAGUGGAACUGGAUGCGAUUGCCUGGGAAGCACCGUGGAGACCAUGUCAGUUACGCCGCCACCAACGCCGCCAUCGCGCGCCUGUGAUGUCCAUGUCGAGCCCGGUGUACCCAGUGCCCACGCCGAGGCUCAUUCCAAGAACGGUCUGAAGGGCAAGGAGGCGCCCGAAAUCGCAACGGCAGUUACUGAACCCGCUCAGCCGGAUCUGCCUGCCACAUCAUCAACGUCUUCCGCCAUAGCUUCCAAAACGCCAACGUCUGCCUUGCCGGGAUCGGGUUCGGGAUUGGGACUGGGAUCCGUAGCGGCAGCAACGGAACAUCCUUCAGCUGCAGCCCCACCAGUGCCCAGCAACGGUAGCAACAGCAGCAGCAGCAGCAGCUCGGUUCCCGGAUCCGGCGAGAAUGUGGUCCAGCUGCUGCCCUGGCAGGAUAUGCCCACGUAUCUGCAGUUCAAUCCGUACGUGCUCCGGGGAUAUCGACCCCUGCAGACCUUCAAAGGAUGUCUCCUCAGUCUCUUUUACUGGCACAACGAGACCAUUAACAUACUGACACACGCCAUACCUAUCUUCUACAUCCUGGCAAUUGUGCCAGGACUGAUGCCCUGGGACAGUGGUUACAAGUUUCUGUCGUUCUGUCACGUCUUCGGAUCGGUGGCCCCCUGGUGCGGCAGCUUCGUCUACCACCUGUUCAUGAACAUCGAGAAGGGGGAGAACGUCUACUAUACGCUGCUAAAGCUGGACAUGGUCGGCAUCUGGGUGAGCCAGAGCUUCGGUGCUCUGCCCCUGGUGACAGCCACCACUUUGUGUUUCCCGCCUGUGCUCAAGUGGCUGAUAAUUAUCUCCUACUGCGUGCUCUCGCUGUGGGGCCUCUACAAGGCUCUAACUGCCAGUUCACCCUGGCAGCGUCGCUUGUGCUUCGCCCUGCCCUUCGGCAUGCGCUCCAUACUGACCUUCCUGCGCAUCCGAGGAAUGGUGGGCGGCAGCCACAUGGCCCUUUCCCAUGUCUACCUGCAGGUUGAAGUUGACGGCGUCUCCAUACUGGGCGGUGCCAUCGGAGCGAUGCGAAUCCCAGAGAAGUGGUUCCCGGGCGUGGUGGACUUCUAUCUGAACUCCCACAACAUUAUGCACGUGCUGGUCGUGGUGGCAGUUUACUCCAUGCACAAGGCCACCAUCAAGGACUUCGAGUGGAUGUCGACGCAGACCUGCCACACGGCCGCCAAUGCCACCGAGCAGGCUCUGGGUCACGUGGAGCUAUGACCCGCUUAUUGGCUUCUGCCGCUGGUGCUGCUGCCCUUGCCCUGGAUAAUCCUGGCCCGGCGGCGUGCCCGGAGGCACUUGAUCCGUGCCCUGAUCGCUCCCAUCGCCUG